UGCCCCGGGGCAGCCGGGCUGAGGCUCCUGGCCCCGUGAUGCACAUCCCUGCAGGACCUGAGCACCGAGGCCUGAGGCCCAGGCCUGCCAUGCCACUGCUACGUCUGAGCCCGCGGGUGCUCCUGAUGCUCUUGCUGCUGCUGGGGGUCAUUCGGGCAGUGGCGGGUGCCACUAGGGCUGGCGGGGGUCGUCAGCCUGUCUUCCGCACCUUCUCAGCCAGCGACUGGGGCCUCACCCACCUGGUGGUCCACGAGCAGACCGGCGAGGUGUAUGUGGGCGCGGUGAACCGCAUCUACAAGCUGUCGGGGAACCUGACACUGCUGCGGGCCCACGUGACAGGCCCUGUGGAGGACAACGAGAAGUGCUACCCACCGCCCAGCGUGCAGUCAUGCCCGCACGGCCUGGGCAGCACCAACAAUGUCAACAAGCUGCUGCUGUUGGACUACGCUGCUAACCGCCUGCUGGCCUGUGGCAGCGCCUCCCAGGGCAUCUGCCAGUUCCUGCGGCUGGACGACCUCUUCAAGCUGGGCGAACCGCACCACCGCAAGGAGCACUACCUGUCGAGCGUGCGUGAGGCGGGCAGCAUGGCAGGGGUGCUCAUUGCCGGGCCGCCGGGCCAGGCCCAGGCCAAGCUCUUUGUGGGCACGCCCAUCGAUGGCAAGUCCGAGUACUUCCCUACGCUGUCCAGCCGCCGGCUCAUGGCCAACGAGGAGGACGCGGACAUGUUCAGCUUUGUGUACCAGGAUGAGUUCGUGUCGUCACAGCUCAAGAUCCCUUCAGACACACUGUCCAAGUUUCCGGCCUUCGACAUCUACUACGUGUACAGCUUCCGCAGUGAGCAGUUUGUGUACUACCUCACUCUGCAGCUGGACACACAGCUGACCUCGCCCGACGCUGCCGGCGAGCACUUCUUCACUUCCAAGAUUGUGCGGCUGUGUGUGGAUGACCCCAAAUUCUACUCGUAUGUCGAGUUCCCCAUCGGCUGCGAGCAGGCGGGCGUGGAGUACCGCCUGGUGCAGGACGCGUACCUGAGCCGGCCUGGCAGCGCCCUGGCUCGCCAGCUAGGCCUGGCUGACCAUGAGGAUGUGCUGUUCACCGUGUUUGCUCAGGGCCAGAAGAACCGUGUGAAGCCGCCCAAGGAAUCAGUGCUGUGCCUGUUCACGCUCAGGGCCAUCAAGGAGAAGAUCAAGGAGCGCAUCCAGUCUUGCUACCGUGGCGAGGGCAAGCUCUCUCUGCCCUGGCUGCUCAACAAGGAGCUGGGCUGCAUCAACUCGCCCCUACAGAUCGACGAUGACUUCUGUGGGCAGGACUUCAAUCAGCCACUGGGAGGCACGGUUACUAUAGAGGGCACGCCCCUGUUUGUGGACAAGGAGGAUGGCCUGACCGCCGUGGCUGCCUAUGACUACCGGGGCCACACUGUGGUAUUCACUGGCACUCGAAGUGGCCGCAUUCGAAAGAUCCUGGUGGACCUGGCCAACCCUGGCGGCCGGCCAGCCCUGGCCUACGAGAGUGUGGUGGCCCAAGAAGGUAGCCCCAUCCUUCGUGACCUGGUCCUCAGCCCUGACCGCCAGUACCUCUACGCCAUGACGGAAAAGCAGGUGACACGAGUGCCCGUGGAGAGCUGUGUGCAGUACACAUCAUGUGAGCUGUGCCUGGGCUCUCGGGAUCCCCACUGCGGCUGGUGUGUCCUGCAUAGCAUCUGCUCCCGUCGGGAUGCCUGUGAGCGGGCGGAUGAGCCUCAGCGCUUUGCCUCAGACCUGCUGCAGUGCGUGCAGCUGACUGUGCAGCCUCGCAAUGUCUCCGUCACCAUGUCCCAGGUCCCGCUGGUACUGCAGGCCUGGAAUGUGCCUGACCUCUCCGCCGGUGUCAACUGCUCCUUCGAGGACUUCACUGAGUCUGAGAGCAUUCUGGAGGAUGGCCGUAUCCACUGCCACUCGCCGUCCUCAGGGGAGGUGGCGCCCAUCACUCAGGGCCAGGGAGACCAGCGGGUGGUGAAGCUCUACCUGAAGUCUAAGGAGACGGGCAAGAAGUUUGCAUCUGUGGACUUCGUCUUCUACAACUGCAGUGUCCACCAGUCCUGCCUGUCGUGUGUCAAUGGCUCCUUCCCCUGCCACUGGUGCAAAUACCGCCACGUGUGCACACACAAUGCUGCCGACUGCGCCUUCCUGGAGGGCCGCGUCAAUGUGUCUGAGGACUGCCCGCAGAUCCUGCCCUCCACUCAGAUCUACGUGCCAGUGGGCGUGGUGAAGCCCAUCACCCUCACUGCCCGGAACCUGCCACAGCCACAGUCGGGCCAGCGUGGGUACGAGUGCCUCUUUCACAUCCCGGGAAGCCCGGCCCGUGUCAACGCUCUGCGCUUCAACAGCUCCAGCCUGCAAUGCCAGAACUCCUCGUACUCCUACGAGGGCAAUGACAUCAGCGACCUGCCUGUGAACCUGUCGGUGGUGUGGAACGGCAACUUCAUCAUCGAUAACCCUCAGAACAUUCAGGCCCACCUCUACAAAUGCCCGGCCCUGCGGGAGAGCUGUGGCCUCUGCCUCAAAGCUGACCCUCGCUUCGAGUGCGGCUGGUGCGUGGCUGAGCGCCGCUGCUCCCUGCGUCCCCACUGCCCUGCUGACUUGCCUGCUGCCUGGAUGCAUGCCCGCCAUGGCAGCAGCCGUUGCACCGACCCCAAGAUCCUCAAACUGUCACCAGAGACAGGCCCGCGGCAGGGAGGCACCAGGCUCACAAUCAUGGGUGAGAACCUGGGCCUGCGCUUCGAGGACGUGCGGCUGGGCGUGCGAGUGGGCAAGGUGCUGUGCAGCCCUGUGGAGAGCGAGUACAUCAGUGCCGAGCAGAUCGUCUGCGAGAUCGGAGAUGCCAGCACGGUGCGGGCCCAUGACGCCCUGGUGGAGGUGUGCGUGCGGGACUGUUCCCCCCAGUUCCGGGCCCUGUCGCCUAAACGCUUCACCUUUGUGACUCCAACCUUCUACCGCGUGAGUCCUGCCCGGGGGCCUCUUUCGGGGGGCACCUGGAUUGGCAUCGAGGGCAGCCACCUCAAUGCAGGCAGUGAUGUGGCCGUGUCUGUUGGCGGCCGGCCCUGCUCCUUCUCCUGGAGGAAUUCCCGGGAGAUCCGGUGUCUGACACCCCCCGGGCAGAGCCCUGGCAGCGCCCCCAUUGUCAUCAACAUCAACCGUGCUCAGCUUACCAACCCUGAGGUGAAGUACAACUAUACCGAGGACCCCACCAUCCUGAAGAUUGAUCCCGAGUGGAGCAUCAACAGUGGAGGGACCCUCCUAACAGUCAUAGGCACCAACCUGGCCACUGUCCGAGAACCCCGCAUCCGGGCCAAGUACGGAGGUGUCGAGAGGGAGAACAACUGCCUGGUGUACAACGACACCACCAUGGUGUGCCUGGCCCCAUCGGUGGACAACCCUUCCCGCAGCCCGCCCGAGCUGGGGGAGCGGCCUGAAGAGCUGGGCUUUGUCAUGGAUGACGUGCGUGCCCUGCUUGUGCUCAACUCCUCCUCCUUCCUCUACUUUCCCGACCCCGUGCUGGAGCCACUUAGCCCCACGGGCCUCCUGGAGCUGAAGCCUGGCUCCCCACUCAUCCUCAAGGGCCGGAAUCUCUUACCACCUGCACCUGGCAACUCAAGGCUCAACUACACGGUGCUCAUCGGCUCCACGCCCUGCAUCCUCACAGUGUCGGAGACGCAGCUCCUCUGCGAGUCACCCAACCUCACGGGGCAGCACAAGGUCACGGUUCGGGCUGGUGGCUUCGAGUUCUCCCCGGGCAUGCUGCAGAUGUACUCAGACAGCCUGCUGACCCUGCCCGCCAUCGUGGGUAUCGGCGGGGGUGGGGGCCUCCUGAUGCUUGUCAUCGUGGCGGUGCUCAUUGCCUACAAGCGCAAGUCUCGCGAUGCUGACCGCACCCUCAAGCGGCUGCAGCUCCAGAUGGACAACCUGGAAUCCCGUGUGGCCCUCGAAUGCAAGGAAGCUUUUGCAGAGCUGCAGACGGACAUCCACGAGCUGACCAAUGACCUGGAUGGUGCUGGCAUCCCCUUCCUCGACUACAGGACGUAUGCCAUGCGGGUGCUCUUCCCCGGCAUUGAGGACCACCCAGUGCUCAAGGAGAUGGAGGUACAGGCCAAUGUGGAGAAAUCACUGACACUGUUUGGGCAGCUGCUGACCAAGAAGCACUUCCUGCUGACCUUUAUCCGCACGCUGGAGGCCCAACGCAGCUUCUCCAUGCGCGACCGUGGGAACGUGGCCUCGCUCAUCAUGACAGCUCUGCAGGGCGAGAUGGAGUAUGCCACGGGCGUGCUCAAGCAGCUGCUGUCUGACCUCAUUGAGAAGAACCUCGAGAGCAAGAACCACCCCAAGCUGCUGUUGCGGCGGACUGAGUCAGUAGCAGAGAAGAUGCUGACCAACUGGUUCACCUUCCUUUUGUACAAAUUCCUCAAGGAGUGCGCAGGGGAGCCUCUGUUUAUGCUGUACUGCGCCAUCAAGCAGCAGAUGGAGAAGGGCCCCAUCGACGCCAUCACGGGUGAGGCGCGCUACUCCCUGAGUGAGGACAAGCUGAUCCGGCAGCAGAUCGACUACAAGAUGCUGACCCUGAACUGUGUGAACCCUGAGAACGAGAACGCACCUGAGGUGCCAGUGAAGGGACUCAACUGCGACACAGUGACGCAGGUCAAGGAGAAGCUGCUGGACGCUGUGUACAAGGGUGUGCCUUACUCCCAGCGGCCCAAGACUGGGGACAUGGACCUGGAGUGGCGCCAGGGCCGCAUGGCACGAAUCAUCCUGCAGGAUGAGGAUGUCACCACCAAGAUUGACAACGACUGGAAGAGGCUGAAUACUCUGGCUCAUUAUCAGGUGACGGAUGGGUCCUCGGUGGCUCUGGUGCCCAAACAGACGUCUGCCUACAACAUCUCCAACUCGUCCACCUUCACUAAGUCCCUGAGCAGAUAUGAGAGCAUGCUACGCACAGCCAGCAGCCCCGACAGCCUGCGCUCACGCACACCCAUGAUCACACCUGACCUGGAGAGCGGCACCAAGCUGUGGCACCUGGUGAAGAACCACGACCACUUGGACCAGCGGGAGGGUGACCGUGGCAGCAAGAUGGUCUCAGAGAUCUACCUGACGCGGUUGCUGGCCACCAAGGGCACGCUGCAGAAGUUUGUGGAUGACCUGUUUGAGACCAUCUUUAGCACGGCACACCGGGGCUCGGCCCUGCCACUGGCCAUCAAGUAUAUGUUCGACUUCUUGGACGAGCAGGCUGAUCAGCACCAGAUACACGACUCAGAUGUGCGCCACACCUGGAAGAGCAACUGCCUGCCCCUGCGCUUCUGGGUGAACGUGAUCAAGAACCCACAGUUUGUGUUCGACAUCCACAAGAGCAGCAUCACGGAUGCCUGCCUGUCGGUGGUGGCCCAGACCUUCAUGGACUCCUGCUCCACCUCUGAGCACAAGCUGGGCAAGGAUUCGCCUUCCAACAAACUGCUCUACGCCAAGGACAUCCCCAACUAUAAGAGCUGGGUGGAGAGGUACUAUGCUGAUAUUGCCAAGAUGCCUGCCAUCAGCGACCAGGACAUGAGUGCAUACUUGGCCGAGCAGUCGCGACUACACCUGAGCCAGUUCAACAGCAUGAGCGCCUUGCAUGAGAUCUACUCCUACAUCACCAAGUACAAGGAUGAGAUCCUGAUGGCCCUGGAGAAGGACGAGCAGGCUCGCCGGCAGCGGCUCCGGAGCAAGCUGGAGCAGGUGGUAGACACGAUGGCCCUGAGCAGCUGAGCCACCCACCACCACUGCCCAACGGGAGAUUAGUGAGAGGGCCGCAGGGUGGCCUCCAACGACAGCCAAAGCUGGGAGGUCCCUGGAGGCAGCCUUCCCCCACGUGUGCCGAGUGCCUGUGUGCUCGGGGCAGGCGUGCGGGCCAGCGUCCUCCCCGCCUCUCUUCCCCCUGGCUGGGGGUCCUGGUUCUUACUGGUGUGGGUGAGACGGUGCCUGCAGCACCCUCUGUGCCCAGAGCUGCUGGCCACAGGGCAGGUGGAUUCCAGUUGCAGCUGGAGACCUCGGAGACGCCGGAGACUGUUGAAGACCUGGAGAGUAAGGCUGGGCCCUCUGGGAGGAGGGAUGCCCGUCUGGUUGUCUCCUCGAAGCCAGGCUGGCGAGGCCAGAAGGGCCAGGAAGAGGGGCUGGAGGGGGUCAGCCUUCUCGGCUUCCCUGGCAGAGUAUAAGGGCUGAGGCCUGUCGGGCAGCCUGGGGAGGCUGAAUGCCAGGCCUGGCCCAGGUGAGCCGAAGUCAGUCUGGACUGUUGCCACCCGCCUGCCACCCUCACGCUUGCUGCUGCACCACACCACCAUCCUCCGAUUCACCGCGUGCUCUGCGGCGGAGGCAGGAGCACCUCGCCCAGAGAGAGGCCCAGCUCCCUCCUGUGGAGGGGCUGCAGGAAGGCAGCGCUCCCCGCUCCCAGGUGAAUUCCAGAAGGACUCAGCCACUCCCUGUGUGUCCUCAGGGCUGUGCCUCUGGGGGCCACUGGGGUCUGGAGCUCCGGUCAUGAGCACACAUUCCCAUUAUUUAUUCCUCCACUGCAUCCGCUCUGGGCAAGCUCUCCAGCAUGGAGCUCCUGGGAGCAGCCCGACUGUCCGAUUCCCUCCCUGCAUCUGUCUCCCCCUCUCUCCACAUCCACCUCCAGCGGCUUCCAGCCUGGCAUCUCGGCAGCAUGCUGGCCCCUCACACGCAAUGGGACGUCUGGGGCUAUUUUUUGUUCUUUAGGGGGAACAAAGAAACCCUGCUGCACUCUGUUGGGGUGGCCAGGAACAUGGCAGGGUCCUGGGUCAUACUCUGGCCUGGCUGGGAGCAGGACACAGUGACCAGAGGGCCUGGUGGUUGGCUCUGUCCACCCUGCCUUCAGUGAGCAAGAGAGAACAAAUUUUUAACUAAAACAAAACCUGUACAUUAGUAUAUAUAUGUGUGUGUGUGUAUAUAUAUAUAUAUGUAUAUAUAUAUAUGUGGCUCUAGCCUCAGUCUCCAGCCCCAGUGGGGUCCUGUAUAGCUGACUGGAGGAGGAGAAAUUUUACAAACAAUUUAGAAUAAGAAAAUUAAGGCAAUGGGAAAGCAAUACCAAAUGGUCGUGAAGCAAGUGGCCAGAUUCCCUGAGUGGAACACUCCAGGCCUCCACCCCUCGACCUGUGGUUUGUCCUGUUUUUUUGUUUUGUUUUGUUUGUUUUGAUGUAUAAAGGAGAGAACUUCUCUUGGCGCCCCACCCCCACCCCCACCCCCAGCUUCCAGGGCGAGGGGCUGUGAGUUCCUGCAUGACUGUGCUAGCGUUAAGUCUGACUUGAUCUUUUUAAAACUGCAAGUGUUGAAUACUAGAGAUGUUAGACACUUUUUAAAAUGUUUUUUAAUUAGUCACUUGUGAAAGCAGACAAGCGGCCCCCCUCUUCAAGUUCACUUUUUGACGGUACUAAAGAUUCCCAUGGACUUUAAGGGACAGCUAACUGUGGCCAGCGUCAUCUUGAGGACCCCGCUAAGCUGCAUGGGCCAGGCGGCACACCUUGGAGAUGGGUUAAGGGCGGCCCCUUGCGUGGGGAAGCAGUGGGAACUGAGAACCUGACUGGCACCGGGGAAAACGGUUCCCCCUCACCCGCUCCGGUGAUGAGCAGGCUGGUCUCCCGCCGCCGUGGAUGAGGAGCUGGAGCCCAGGCAGCCCCUCUGACACUCGUGCAGCCCGCGUGGGCUCGUCCCUGGGCCGGCGUGGGGGCAGAGCUGAGGCCUGUCGGAGAUUAAGCUUGCUUUUUGGUGGCCACUGCUCUGGCCUGGAUUCCAGUCCCAGGUGCACCCUGCUCCUCCGAUGCUGCCUGGCUGUGCCUGGGUGUGGACCUUGUUUCCUCCAAAGUCUUCCCUGGAUGCUGGCUUCCAGUGGAAGCCCUGUUCUUCCAGUUCCCUGCUCGGCCCUCUCCAGAAUCCAGUUCCAACCCUUCGUCCUGAGGCCUCCCGCCUGCAGACAGCCCCGCGCUCACCUCCCGAGGCUGCUCCUGGGCAGGCGGAGGGGAGGCCCACCUAAUAGCGCACACCUGUCAGGCGCAAGCACUUUAGCAAUAUCUGUUUACAUAUGAGCUGAUCAAGCUGAUUCUAAGCCUGCUGUCUGCUCAGUGCAGCAGGUCCCGCACCUCCCUUCCCGCCAGAUCUUGGAGUUAGGUUCUGAGUUCUUGUCAGUGGCUCUCAGUCCUCCAACCUCUGUAGCACCCCAGGCGCUGGGCCCAGGCACUGCACCACCACCUCCCAAGCAUUGUCCUGCCAGGGGCUCUGACCCCGAGCUCUGGCACUGGCCCUGGGGGUGUGGGGCCCUGGCAGGAGCCUGGAGAUGGAGUGCCACUGCAAUGAAGGCCCCUGUGCAGGCGCAGACCAGGGAGUCUGGGCUGCAGCACGGAGUGCUGUGCAGGGACACCCUCCCCCCGGGCACUGCUGCUAUGGCCUGUCCUGCCUCCGGCUCUCCCUUCCCACCUUCCCCACUCUUGUCUCAGGAGUGCCCGGGGACGGCUCACGCCUUGGUCUGGGAGCCCGGCCUCUCAAUAUACCUCGAGCUUGCCCUGCACUCCCUGACCCAGGGCGGAGCAGCCAGGGUCACCCCAAGAUGGAGGGCCCUAGAUGUUCCCCCCUCCCUGGUCUGACCUUGCUGAGAGCCUCCGCCCUGGUUCUCCCAGUUCUGGAUGUGAUGGCUCAUGUUGGUGCUAUACACGCUAGAAUAGAUGUAUUUACAGAGAGAUAUUUUUAAGACGAAGCCCACAACUAGCUGUCCUUUACCGCCACAGGGCCCCCACCCAAAAGAAGAGCAAUCACUCGCGGCCUGAGCCGCCCCUGCCACUGCCUCUCCCAGGAGCAGUGUGGCUGAAGGGGCGCUCAGCCCACAGAUUGUGUAAAUACACGGUCAUUUCCUAUUUUACUGUUCUUCAGAUUUAGUACUUGUAAAUACAAACAUUAAGGAGAGAUUAAACAUUUUUGCUAAA